AUAUAAAGGUCUGCGGGAUGUGAGCGCGCGCAGCUUCGCGGUCGUCAUGCUGCCGCUCGGCCUCGCGCUGCUGCUGCUCACCGCCGCCGCCGCCGCGGACCCGCGCGGCACCGCGGCUCCCGCCGCCCUGGCCCGGCUCGCGGCGGAGGAUCCGGCCGGCGGCGCGGCGCACGAGGAGCGGGGAGGGGAGCAUCAUCACGGCGGCGGGUACCGGGUGGUCCAGUGGGAGUGGAGCUACGUGCAGACGCCCUACAUCAUCGCCGUGUGGCUGCUGCUCGCCAGCGCGGCCAAGAUCUUGUUCCACUUCUCCCAGCGGUUCACCACUGUGGUUCCAGAGAGCUGUAUGCUGAUCCUACUGGGUCUGGUUCUGGGGGGGGUGGUCCUCAUAGCCAGCAAGAAGCAGCUGUACCAGCUAGAACCCGCCCUCUUCUUCCUGUUCCUACUGCCGACCAUCGUGGGCGACGCCGGAUACUUCAUGCCGGCGCGUCUGUUCUUCGACAACCUGGGGGCCAUCCUGAUGUACGCCGUGGUGGGGACGCUGUGGAACGCCUUCUGCACGGGCUUCUGUCUGUACGCCGCCAAACUGCUGGGGGUCAUAGACGGGCGCGUGCAGGCGGACCUGAUGGACUUCCUGCUGUUUGGCGCCCUGAUUUCAGCCGUGGACCCCGUGGCGGUGCUGGCCGUGUUCGAGGAGGUUCACAUCAAUGAAAUGCUCUUCAUCAUCGUGUUCGGAGAGUCGCUGCUCAACGAUGCCGUCACUGUGGUUUUGUACAAAGUCUACAUUUCGUUUGUGGAGGUGGGACCGGAGAACGUCCAGACAGCAGACUACUUCAAAGGAGUCGCUUCCUUCCUCAUCGUCAGCAUCGGCGGGACUCUGGUGGGUCUGGUCUUUGCCGUCCUCCUCGGCUUCAUCACGCGUUUCACCAAGAAGGUCCGCAUCAUCGAGCCGCUCUUCGUAUUUCUGCUGGUCUACCUGGCGUACCUGACCGCGGAGCUCUUCUCACUGUCCGCCAUUCUGUCAAUGACCUUCUGCGGCAUUGGAGCCAACAAGUACGUGGAGGCCAACAUCUCGCAGAAGUCUCGGACAACAGUCAAGUACACCAUGAAGACUCUGGCCAGCAUCGCUGAGACCAUCAUCUUCAUCUUCCUGGGGAUCUCAGCUGUGGACAAGUCGAAGUGGGCGUGGGACACGGGCCUGGUGUCCUGCACGCUGGUGUUCAUCUUCGUCUUCAGAGCUGUGGGAGUGGUUGGUCAGACCUGGGUUCUCAACCGCUUCCGCCUCGUACCGUUGGAAAAGAUCGACCAGGUGGUGAUGUCCUACGGCGGCCUGCGGGGGGCAGUGGCAUUCGCCUUGGUGGUGCUCCUGGAUGCAGAAAAGGUCAAAGCAAAGGACUACUUCGUGGCCACAACCAUCGUGGUGGUCUUUUUCACAGUCAUGUUCCAGGGUCUGACCAUCAAACCGCUGGUGAAGUGGCUCAAAGUUCCUCGCUCCACCAACCGGAAGCCCACCAUCAACGAGGAGAUCCACGAGAGGGCCUUCGACCACAUCCUGACAGCGGUGGAGGACAUUGCAGGACUGCAGGGGUACCACCACUGGAGAGACAAGUGGGAGCAGUUCGAUAAGAACUACCUGAGCAAACUGCUGCUGAGGAAGUCCGUGUACCGGAAGAGCGAACUGUGGGAGGCGUACCAGAAGAUCAACAUCCGGGACGCCAUCAGCGUCAUUGACCAGGGGGGGAACGUCCUGACCUCAGCCAGACUGUCUCUGCCUUCCAUGGCCAGCAGAGCCUCCUUCCCAGAAGUCACCAACGUCACCAACUACCUGCGUGAGAACGGCAGUGGCGUGUGCCUGGACCUUCAGGUGAUUGACAACGUCCCUGGAGCCAAAGUGGAGGAGGACACCGAGACCCAUCAUGUCCUCGCCGGAAACCUGUACAAACCCAGGAGGCGGUACCAGUCCCACUACAGCCGUCACUUCAUGCCCCUGGGGGAGCAGGAGCGUCAGGACCGCGAGGUGUUCCAGAGGAACAUGAGGAGACGCAUGGAGACGUUCAAAUCCACUCGAUACAAACGACACAAGAAGGAGCGCAGCCUGAAAAAGCGUCGAGGAUCCGACGUCAAAGAAGAGGGCGGAGACAAACCUAGACGCAACGUCAGCUGGCAGGACAAAGAUCCGGUGGUUGUUCCUGUGGAGCCGGAGGUGGACAAAGCCGAACAUUCCGAUCCGGAAAAGGAGGAAGACGUCGGGAUCACCUUUGUCGCUCGCAAAGCAGAGACACCAAAGCAACGGCCCAAAUCAGUCCCAGCAGCUCUGGAGGUCUGUCCAAGUCCACCAGCUGAACCAGGACCCCCCCCCGGUGGAGACAACCAUCUGCCGUGGAAGGGCAGCGUGGGCUCGCCCCCUCCCUGCGUGUCCUUGGAGGCCACCAAAAUCAUCCCUGUGGACCUUCAGCAGGCUUGGAAUCAGAGUAUUUCCUCCUUGGAGAGCGUCUCCUCCCCACCUGCCCCCCCUGAGGCGGUCCACCCUCGCGUCAGCGCCCUCUUCAGGCUGGGAGGACCCCGACCUGCCUCCUACACACCGCCGGGCAGUGUGGCGGGAAGCACUACCUCCAUCGCCGCUCAGGUGUUACAGAGCUCCUUCUGCUUCCCAGAAAAGAAGAAGAAGACGAAUUUGGAGGAAGAUGAUGAAGAAGAGGAGAUGGGGGGAGGAGCAUCACAGGAAAUGAGGCCGCUCAUGUCCCCUUCUAAAAUCCCCGGGGCCUUGCCUCCGCCCCCUCCCCCACCUCCGCCAGGCUCUGGGAGGAGAAGAAACCCCUGUGUCUACCUGAGGAGCCUGGUGGCAGCGCCCCCUCCUGGCAGUACUGAGCCUCCAAGUCGAGGCCCCACCCAGCUGUAGAUGUGGAGGACAACACACUUGGGGGAGGAGCUUGUCUUCUUGACCACAACGGAACGGCCCCGCCUCCCUACAGUCUAAUCCACACAAAAACAGUGCUGCUCGCCGUUCCGGCCUCAGCGGCUGUCUCCUGGCGUUCAGAGGACUUCAGCAGAUUUCACAGUAAAUUUAUCUCCGACUCUGAUCUGCAGCCACAUAUUUUACUGCCACCACACGACAGAUUCAGAAAGAACUACAAUCACAAUGAUAUUAUGGUCUGUCUGAGAAGAAAAUAUCCCAAAAUGUGUCCAGUAUGAUCUCAAAGCUACAAUCCAGUUCAGAGGUCAACUGUAAGCAGCGUGGAAAGACAGAUCAUAAUAUUGAGAUUGUAAAACCUUUUAACUUUUCUUGUAAACACAAUUUAAGGAUGAAAGUAGAUUUUAUUUCAACCUCAAAGAUGAUCAAUAUUAGUUUUUAUUGAAUGUAAUGCCAGCAUCUUCACGAAGUCAGCUUAAGACCCGCUUUGGCCGAAUGCUUUAAAUUCCUGUAAAGAUGCAGGCGAGCUCCAACGCUGACAUCACCUUUUUUUAAAGUUGUACUUCAACAAUGCUCUUCAGGAUGUCUGAAACACUUUCACAGAGAAGUAAACUCUACUCCACCUGCAGAAAUUCGUGAAUGCACCUUAUACAGCUGUGUGUGGGAGGGGCAGAGUCACUGGCUGCAACAUCAGCUGAUAGCUAGGAAGAGUACAAAUAACUUGUGCUUCACAUCAGAGUCGUAAUUCUCUAAAAAAACUCCAGAAAAAUGUCUUGGAGUCAGGUCAGAAAAGAAAUGUACGUCUUAACGUUGCUUUGUCACGAGGAGCAGUCAGAACAAAAGCACAAAAUGCAAACUGUGAGCCCGGCUCCGCCCCGUUGUCACGGUAACCCGAGCAAGGCAGGAAAUCACUGAGUUUAAAGGUCAUAUUCAUACCAUUUGGUAAAUUGAAUUGUCAGUUUUUAGUGUUUUUUUUCAGGGCCUCAUGUUCAGCCUUAACCUUCUGUCGUUAUGCUCUCUUGACUUUGUUUCCUCUAAAGUCUUUUGCCUCUGAAACGUCAGGAAAACGUCCAACAAACAUGCAAACUCUGACAGAGCGGCUGACGUCAGCCGCUGGAUUCUGCACCCUGAAAAGGAAGUGGGAUGUGACCGGAGUUAUCUCCGCCCAACUCGGCAACGUCCUGAUAAUAGAGUGUAAAGACAAACAAGGGGAAGUUAACCUAGAAACCAGUAACUCCUGGUUUUUAGUGGUGGUUGAGGUGAAAAACUGACUGUCAGACGGAGUCUUCGUCUGCCGUCCUCAGAGGAGAAACUAGAGGACGUCUCCAGCAGCGGUCACUCUGUUCCUUAAAGAACAGCCUUUAUGUCCCAACAGGUUUCAGUAGAAAAAGCGUCCGGCUUUGGUUUUUACAGGGACGUCCUUGUAUGGUAUUGAGGGUCAUUUAAAACAGCCUGAUUCAAAAUAAAUGUCCAAACUUAA